GCGUACGUGAUGACGUCAGGGGCAGGUAGCUGACGGCCAGUGACGUGCGGUCGGAGAGUUGGCAAAACAUCAGGGAGUGGGGAAAAGCCACGUUGUCGGUUUGUAGCCGUAGCGAAAGAGAGGGGCACCGCGCGGAGAGGAUGUCUUCGCCUCCCGGAGACAAAGUGGAAGUCAAAGGGGGACACCUCCCCGCUGUGAAAGCGGGUGGCAUGCGAAUUGUGAAGAAACAUCAAAGUGCGGUCACUCCUCCAACACUUGAAAAAGAUAAAGACAUUGAAGGGUGGGAAAACACCAGCCCUAAGCAGUCACUUCGAGUCGUUAUCUCAGGUGCUAUAACAAGGGGUGAUAAGGACUUCCCUCCAGCUGCAGCCCAGGUCGCCCACCAGAAGCCUCAACCAGGAGUGGAGAAGCUGCCUCCUGCACAUUGCAUUAAUCAGACCAUCCAUCAGCCUCGCAAGUGAAGUGAACCUCCUGUUCACACUACCGACCGACAAAAAUUCUGGGAUGAAGUAUUAAACCAAUUAUGUUGGAUUCAAAUGUACCAGACAGGCACAAGAGUUUUUAAAAACUCACCUAUGGCUUUAAAUUUUGUAAUCCUUGUUCAGAUAAGUUUGGCGAAUUAUGACUUUGUGAACAUUUUUUAAUUAAAGCUUGGACACUUUUUUAGAAAACAAAUUCAGAAAUAUUGAAGACAUUCUGUCUGCGUGUUACCCAACUCGCAUUAUACCCAAUGUUGACAAUAUUGUCAGGCACAAAUGUGCUUAGUACUGUGUUAUACAUUGUACUGUUUUAAUCAUUCUCGUGUGGGAGAAUAUCAGUGUAAAAUAAAGAAAAUCUUGUUCCAGA